AUGAAUGAAAAUGAGAGUGCAGAAUCAAGUCAAGGUCUUAAUGCCAAUGAAAAUGGUGAUAUUCCUAUAAAUGAUAGUGGUGGUAUGGACGAACCAAAUCUUCCAGUGAAUGAGGAAGAAAAUAUCAUUGUUGAAGAUGAUCAAAACAAAGAUUCAAGUGCAGAAUUUGACUUUCCAUUUGACGUUGAUGAUCCAGGAAAUUGGGAUAAGAUUAAACAAAAUGUCAGAGAUUUUUUAGUUGAAAGAGGUCCUAAAAGAGAGAAUGAUCUUACCUUUCCGGUUGAUGACUUGGGGAGACAUUUCAGUCCCACACAUUAUUUUCGUGUCUUUCCUAAUGGUGAAAAGAAGAACAUGAGGUGGUUGAUUUACUCAGUUUCGUUAGACAAGGUAUUUUGCUUUUGUUGUAAAUUGUUCAAGCAAGACCACAACAAGACUUUAUUGGGUCAAUUUGCUAAUGAAGGAUUGAAUGAUUGGAAAAAUAUGAGUGCAAGGCUUGCAAGCCAUGAAAGAAAUAGUCAACACAUCAGUUGCUUUACUAGUUGGAUUGAGCUGGAAACAAGAUUGAAAAAGAAUGCAACAAUUGAUCAAGCUGUGGAAGAACAAAUAAAGAAGGAGAGAGAACAUUGGAGACAGGUACUCUUGAGAAUCCUAACUGUUGUGAAAAGACUUUCGAAAAAUAAUUUGGCAUUUCGUGGGGAUAAUGAGAAAGUGUAUGAGGAGAACAAUGGGAUUUUCUUACAAGUGAUUGAGAUGAUUGCUGAAUUUGAUCCGGUGAUGCAAGAACAUGUUUGGCGUAUUUUAAAAAAAGAAACUCAUUACCACUACUUGAGUCACAAGAUCCAAAAUGAAAUGAUUCAGCUAUUAGCAAAUGAGGUAAAAACUUCCAUCAUUGCAACGAUCAAAGAAGCAAAGUACUUUUCAGUUAUUCUUGAUUGCACUCCAGAUGCAAGUCAUAAGGAACAAAUGUCUCUUGUUGUCCGUUAUGUUGAUAUUACAGCAAGUCCGAUUGUGGUAAGAGAAUUCUUUUUGGAAUUUUUAAAGGUGGAUGAUACAUCGGGGCUUGGACUAUUUAAUGAGCUUGUAAAUGCACUGAACACUCUUACACUUGAUAUUGGUGAUAUACGAGGACAGGGAUAUGACAAUGGCUCUAAUAUGAGAGGAAAACACAAGGGUGUGCAGAAGAGACUUCUUGAGGUAAAUCCUAGAGCAUUAUAUACGCCUUGUGGUUGUCAUAGUUUGAAUCUUGCAAUUUGUGAUAUGGCUAAUUGUACUCCUAAGGCUGAUUAUUUUUUUGGAGUGGUACAACGAAUAUAUUCAUUCUUCUCAUCUUCUACAAAGCUGUGGCAAGUUUUCAGGGAUCAUGUGGAAGGUCUCACUCUUAAACCAUUGUCUGAAACUCGAUGGGAAAGUCGUGUUGAAAGUGUAAAAGCAUUUAGAUACCAAGCUCCCCAAAUAAGAGAUGCGUUAGCUUACUUGGCAAAAAAUGGUGAUGAUUCCAAAACGAGGUCUGAUGCCGAAUGCAUGGCAACAUAUGAAAUGGAGAAUUUUGAAUUCUUGUUCGGCAUGGUUAUUUGGUAUGAUUUGUUGCUUGCUAUCAAUACUAACUAUAGAGAAACUGGAUUUGAUGAGGCCUUGACCAUAGCUAAAAAAAUUGCAAGUGAGAUGAAAAUUGAAGCCAUAUUCCGUGAAAAGAGAACGAUUAGAAAAAAGAAGCAUUUUGAUGAUAGCGACAAUGAAGAAGAGGUGACACAAUCAACUUUAGAAUCAUUUAAGGUUGGUUACUUUUAUUAUAUAAUUGAUCAAGCUCUUUCUUCACUUCAAAGUAGGUUUGAACAAUUUAAGAAAUAUGAAGAAGACUUUGGAUUUUUAUUUAAGUUGGAGAAGUUGAAGUCUACAGAUAAUAAAAGUUUGAUGAACUAUUGUAUGAAUCUUGAAGAUUUAUUGAAGGAUGGUGAUGUUUUUGACAUUAAUGGAAGUGACCUAUUUUCUGAGUUGAGGUACUUGAAAGGAGCAAUACCAAAAGAAACAAAAAGGGCAGUUGGAGUAUUGAACUACUUGAAGCAAAUGGAUGGUUGUUACCCAAAUGCUUGGAUUGCUUACAGAAUUUUGUUAACCAUACCGGUUACUGUUGCCUCUGCUGAGAGAAGCUUUUCAAAAUUGAAGUUGAUCAAAUCUUAUCUUCGAUCAACUAUGUCAUAG